CAGCAAAAUCGAGAGCCCAAGCACAGACCCACCAUCCUCGUCCCGUCCCCUCCCCUCCCCUCCGUUCGCUGACGUCACCAACGCUCGUCGCCGCCGACCGAUGGAGCCCGCGGAGGCGUCGCGGGGCACCAAGCGCCCGCUGGCCGCCGGCGACGACGACGACGACGACGGACGGGAGCGGAAGCCGCGGUUCCCGAAAGGGAAGAAGGUGAAGUACCGGGAACCUGGUGCGGACGGAGGCGCCGCCGCCGGGGACAUCGACAGCUUGUUGAACCCGGAGCUCGCGGCGGAGCGGCGCGCGCGGCAGCGCCACGGCCGCCAUAGGGAGGGGGACGACGCGCAGCGCGGCGCCGCGGACGUCAAGGGCUUCGAAGUCCGCUACGAUGAUUGUGUUGACUUUGUUGAUGACGGCAUUCGGAUAGAGCCUUUUAACUUGGAGCGAGAGAGGGAAGAAGGGUAUUUCGAUGAGAAUGGGAACUUUGUGGAGUAUGCGAGAGGCAAUGAAAUUAAGGAUGCCUGGCUGGAUAGUGUGGAAGUAGAUCCGAAGUAUGCUGCACAGGUUCAGAAUAAAGGCAAAGUAAAAGUAGAGGAGUUUGAGGAUCUCUCUUCCGAUGACAUUGGGAGGAUAAAAAGGCAGAUAGCAAACAUGCUUGAACCUGGAGAAACGAUAAUACAAGCUUUGAAAAGAUUGAAGGGUACAUCCACAGAUAAACGCGGAAAGAUGACUGAGGGGACUAAGCGCAUAUUUGAUGAGUUGACAGAAGCUGCCAUGAAGCUAAUGGAGAACGGUGAAUACAAUGUUUAUUCAGAUGAUCGGGAGACCUUCGAACGUGAGGCUGCGGGGUAUGAACGUCUGGCGCGUGCUCGACUUGGUUUGCCAGAAGUUGAAGAAGAUGCCUCUGCAGACAUUGCAAAAGAUAACCAGACACCAUCAUCCAUACUGGAAAUGGACCUUCAUCCUUCAGCUGCCAAUACAUCUACAAUCACUGCUGCAUUUAAUGAUGAUGACAGUAACCUCGACAUGUUUGGUGAUGAUGACAACGAUGAUGUCAAUCGUAAUUCUGAUGCCAAUACUGUAGACUCAGGUUCGAAUCCUGGGCCAGUCCCUCAAGAUGCUCCAGGAACCUCAGAACAUGAUAAUGGAAGCGUGGACUCAGAUUAUAUCUAUGAUCAAUCUUCAGGUUACUACUAUAGCAGUAGCACUGGCUAUUACUAUGAUCCUAACUCUGGAUGUUAUUGCUCUGCAUCUACAGGGACCUGGUACUCAUACGAUGAACAAACUGGAACAUACAAAGAAAUACAUGAUGAACAGGCUGGCACGCACAAAGAAAUGGGAGUAGCCGAGUUGUAACUGUUCGCACUCAUUCACUGGAGCUAGGUAGUUCAACACUUUCCAGUGUUCUUCAAAGCAAGGUGUAGCUUCAGUUCUUCAGGUGGGGCCUUGGACCGCAACUCAUGGAACAAAGCCAGAUCAUUCUGUAGGAUGUAAACUAAAGGUGAUCCACUGCACACAGUUGCAUUGUUUAUCGCAUGCCACAGCGACUUGUUUUACAUUUACCCUUGUUUUUUUUUUGUAGAAAUCUGUGACACGAAGAAAUACAUAGUGACAUCGACCUUUGAUUUACCAUGAAUCUCUGUCGAAA